AUGGAGGUGAAGAGGGGUAUGGAGGAGGAGGAAAAGCAGGAUUCUGUGUUCGGUAUUUUCAAACAGACCAGCUUGUGGCUGGAGAAAAUGUGUGUAUGGGUGUGAGAGAGAGUUAGAGGGAGGUAGAGACAGAGAGCGAGAGAGAGAGGUGCACAGAAGGUUGUGUGUGUGGAGUGUGAGACAGACAGACAGACAGUGAAGUCAAGGUAAAUAGUGUCGUUGGGGUGUGGCCUGUCUUUGGCAGAGGGGCACUGACCACAUCCUCUUUUAUCACCACAGAAACAUCCGUAGCUCCACCCCUGUCUGGCCAUAGUUGGCAGCACCAAGUCCCUGAACUCUGACACAAGCACACACUUGAAUUCUUUUUUUUGACCUAUAAUGAAACAUAAUUACUACUAAGAAGCACACAGUCACAAAGCACAGCGAAUGAGUGAGAGAGUGCAAGUGACUGAGUGUGCAUGCGUGUUAGUGGAGUGGCAUAGAGCCCAGAGAGGACAAGCUUCUCUGACUUGUCUGAUGUAGUAAAGCUGCCAGGCAGCGCUCAUUCACAAAGAGCUGCUGUGUUGACCCGUGUUCUUAUCAUUUUGGCAGCCAGCCAAGCUCUCCAGUAAGUAGAAGUUUUACAUAGCCACUGGUGUGUCUCGUUACAUAUGCAGUAAUGGGCUUUAUUCCCCACUUCAACAUAUUGUAAUAUGAGAUGUAUGAUGUCGCUGGUUGGCACUUGGCCCCAUAGACAUACAUACAGUAUGUUUAUAUACAGUGGGGAGAACAAGUAUUUGAUACACUGCUGAUUUUGCAGGUUUUCCUACUUACAAAGCAUGUAGGGGUCUGUAAUUUUUAUCAUAUGUACACUUCAACUGUGAGAGACGUAAUCUAAAACAAAAAUCCAGAAAAUCACAUUGUAUGAUUUUUAAGUAAUUAAUUUGCAUUUUAUUGCAUGACAUAAGUAUUUGAUCACCUACCAACCAGUAAGAAUUCCUGUUCGAAUUCCUCUUCGAAUUCCUGUUCGUUUUUCUUUAAGAAGCCCUCCUGUUCUCCACUCAUUACCUGUAUUAACUGCACCUGUUUGAACUCAUUACCUGUAUAAAAGACACCUGUCCACACACUCAAUCAAACAGACUCCAACCUCUUCACAAUGGCCAAGACCAGAGAGCUGUGUAUGGACAUCAGGGAUAAAAUUGUAGACCUGCACAAGGCUGGGAUGGGCUACAGGACAAUAGGCAAGCAGCUUGGUGAGAAGGCAACAACUGUUGGCGCAAUUAUUAGAAAAUGGAAGAAGUUCAAGAUGACGGUCAAUCACCCUCGGUCUGGGGCUCCAUGCAAGAUCUCACCUCGUGGGGCAUCAAUGAUCAUGAGGAAGGUGAGGGAUCAGCCCAGAACUACACGGCAGGACCUGGUCAAUGACCUGAAGAGAGCUGGGACCACAGUCUCAAAGAAAACCAUUAGUAACACACUCCGCCGUCAUGGAUAAAAAUCCUGCAGCGCACGCAAGGUCCCCCUGCUCAAGCCAGCGCAUGUCCAGGCCGGUCUGAAGUUUGCCAAUGACCAUCUGGAUGAUCCAGAGGAGGAAUGGGAGAUGGUCAUGUGGUCUGAUGAGACGAAAAUAGAGCUUUCUGGUCUAAACUCCACUCGCCGUGUUUGGAGGAAGAAGAAGGAUGAGUACAACCCCAAGAACACCAUCCCAACCGUGAAGCAUGGAGGUGGAAACAUCAUUCUUUGGGGAUGCUUUUCUGCAAAGGGGACAGGACGACUGCACCGUAUUGAGGGGAGGAUGGAUAGGGCCAUGUAUCGCAAGAUCUUGGCCAACAACCUCCUUCCCUCAGUAAGAGCAUUGAAGAUGGGUCGUGGCUGGGUCUUCCAGCAUGACAACGACCCGAAACACACAGCCAGGGCAACUAAGGAGUGGCUCCAUAAGAAGCAUCUCAAGGUCCUGGAGUGGCCUAGCCAGUCUCCAGACCUGAACCCAAUAGCAAAUCUUUGGAGGGAGCUGAAAGUCCGUAUUGCCCAGCGACAGCCCCAAAACCUGAAGGAUCUGGAGAAGGUCUGUAUGGAGGAGUGGGCCAAAAUCCCUGCUGCAGUGUGUGCAAACCUGGUCAAGACCUACAGGAAACGUAUGAUCUCUGUAAUUGCAAACAAAGGUUUCUGUACCAAAUAUUAAGUUCUGCUUUUCUGAUGUAUCAAAUACUUAUGUCAUGCAAUAAAAUGCAAAUUAAUUACUUAAAAAUCAUACAAUGUGAUUUUCUGGAUUUUUGUUUGAGAUUCCGUCUCUCACAGUUGAAGUGUACUUAUGAUAAAAAUUACAGACCUCUACAUGCUUUGUAAGUAGGAAAACCAGCAAUAUCGGCAGUGUAUCAAAUACUUGUUCUCCCCACUGUAGAUUGGUUGGCACAGGUGCUGGCACAUGAUGCCAGGAGGAGCAUAAUACUAUGACUCCAGUGUCUGGGGUAGUGAUGAUCUAAAUGUGUUGUUGGUGUGUUUUCUGUCUUUAUGGGUCGGCUUUUAUGGUGCAGGAAAUGCCUUCUUGGUUGGGGGCGGGACAUGGGGGAGGCUUUUGUACUUGUUGUACUUGAGGGUUAGAAUGUGUGUGUUUUUAGUUACAUGCAGUGCAAGUGUAACUGACCAUGAUGACCCCUCUCUCUUUCUCCCUCUCUCCCCCCUCUCCAGUCAUGGAGAGUGCCAUCACGUUGUGGCAGUUCCUGCUGCAGCUGUUAUUGGACCAGAGUCACAAGCACCUGAUCUGCUGGACAUCCAAUGAUGGGGAGUUUAAACUGCUCAAGUCAGAAGAGGUGGCCAAGCUGUGGGGCCUGAGGAAGAACAAGACCAACAUGAACUAUGACAAGCUGAGCCGAGCCCUGCGCUACUACUAUGACAAGGUACAUCUCACAUAGUUGACAUUGGCACUACACUAACACCAAACACAAACACACACCUACUGGAAUGGAUGACAAGGUACACCAACAUUGCAUAAACCCUUCACAAACAUACAGGAAAUUGAGAAAUCAUGUAACUAAACUAAACAAAAUGAAGAAGAAACUAUACUAUGGAACAAAGAUAAAUGAUAUAAAGAAUGAUAGUAAAAAGCUCUGGAGUACUUUAAAUGAAAUGUUAUCCUUCAUUAAGGCAGAUGGCUUGUUCAUAACAAAACCCUUUGAUAUUGCCAACCACUUUAAUAUUUUUUGUUUGUUGACAAGAUUAGCAAACUUAGGUAUGACAUGCAAACAACAAAUGCUGAGUCUUCAUAUUCAUGCAUAAUGGACCAAAUAAUGAAAAGACAAGCACUGUAGUUUUGAGUUCCACAAUGUCGUUAUGGAAGAGGUGAAAAAAGGUUGCUAUCUAUAAAUAAGGACAAACCACCUGGUACCGACAACCUGGAUGGUAAAUUGCUGAGGUUGGUAGCGGAAUACAUUGUGACUCCUAUUUGCCACAUCUUCAAUUUAAGCCUAGAAGACGGUGUGUGUCCUCAGACAUGGAGGGAGGCAAAGGUCAUUCCGCUACCCAAGAAUAGCAGAGCACCCUUUAAAUGGUUCAAACAGCUGACCAAGUGCUUAGCAAACUUUUUGAAAGGUAUUUUACAGAAAACAAACUAACGACAGACUUUUAGCAUGCUUAUAGUGAUGGGCACUCAACAUGCUCGGCACUGACACAAAUGACUGAUGGUUGGCUGAAAGUAAUUGAUAGUAAGAAGAUUGUGGGAGCUGUUUUGUUAGACUUCAGUGCAGCUUUUAAUGUCAUAGAUCAUAACCAAUUCCUGAAAAAAACAUAGGUGUUAUGGAUUUGCAUCCUCUGCCUUAUUAUGGAUUGAGAGUUACCUAUCUAAUAGAACACAGAGGGUUUUCAUUAAUGGAAGCCUCUCUCAUGCAAAUUCAGUGGAGUGUGGUGUACCGCAGGGCAGCCGGCUAGGGCCGUUAUUGUUUUCUAUUUUUACAAAUGACCUUCCACUGACCUUGACUAAAGCCUGUGUGUCUAUGUACGCUGACGACUCAACAGUAUACAUGUUGGCUACAACAGUAAAAUAAAUAACUGACACUUAACAUAGAGCUCCAGUCCAUUUUAGAAAGGGUAACUAGGAAUAGGCUGGUGCUAAAUAUCUCAAAAACAAAAAGCAUAAUAUUUGGGACAAAUCACUCGCUCAAUGCUAAACCUAAUUUAGAUCUAUUAUUGAAUAAUGUGGCUAUUGAGCAAGUUGAAGAGACUAAAUUGCUGGGUGUAACCCUAGAUAGCAAGCUGUCAUGGUCAAAACAUAUAGACUCAAUGGUUGCUAAAAUGGGAAGAGGUCUGUCCAUGAUAGGUCGUUGCUCUGCCUUCUCAGUCGACCAGACAGAUCCUACAGGCCAUAGUUUUGUCACACCUGGACUACUGCCCAGCUGUGUGGUCAUGUGCGGCAAAGAAGGACAUAGGUCAAUUUCAGUUGGUCCAGAACAAAGCAGCAUGUAUCACACUUAGAUGUACACGGAUGGAAAGUUGAGCAGAGAUUGACUGCAUCACUAUUGGUCUUUGUGCAAGGUAUUGAUAUGUUGAAGGUACCGAACGGUCUGUUCAAGCAGUUGGCACACAGUUCGGACACUCAUCAGUACAACACAAGACAGGCAACCAGAGGUCUCUUCACAGCCCCCAAGUCCAGAACAGAUGCUGGGAAACACACAGUAUUAAAUAGGGCCAUGACUAGAUGGAACUCUGCCACCACAUGUAACUCAAACUAGAAAUAAACCCAGUUAAAAAACACACAUAAAUAACACCUUACUGCACAAAGGGGACUGUGACGAGACAGCCAUUUUAUAUAUAUUUUAUUGUAAUUUGCACUGUAUUAUGUGUUAGACCUAGAUAUUGUGUGUAUGUAUUGAUAUGUAGGGUAUGUAUGACAUUUUAAAUGUAUUGUAUUUCAGUCCUUGACUAAUAAUGUUCUGUACUAUGUAAUGUUUCAUGUGGACCCCAGGAAGAGUAGCUGAUGCUUUUGCAGUGGCUAAUGGGGAUCCUAAUAAAUACCUCUACACAGCAUGAACAUGUCUGUAACCAAUUCUACAGGUCAAACCACCAUAUAACAUCAUGGCAUGCAUGUUAACAGUAACACACUGUUAUUACUGUAUAACAUAACAAAUUAUGCUUAAACUCCUCCUUCCCUCUUCCUCCUCCAGAACAUCAUCAAGAAGGUGAUUGGCCAGAAGUUUGUGUACAAAUUUGUGUCCUUCCCGGAGAUCUUGAAGAUGGACCCCGCGGCGGUGGAGAUGGGGGUGCGGGGGAGUGAUGAGGCUGGUGGGGCCCUGUCAGAGGGGGAGGGGGAUGAGGAGGGGGUGAGGGGCGGCCCCCCAGGGAGGAACGAGUACCUCCACUCAGGCCUCUACUCCUCCUUUACCGUCAGCUCCCUCCAGCAUCCACAGGACCUCCUCCGCCCCCCUGAUCUGCUCCGGCCAGUCAAGGUGGAGCCUCGACAUGAUCACCACGACGACAGUGGCACAGUGAUUCGCUUUGUUCAGAACCGCAGCCAUAAGGGCGGGGCACUGCCGGUGGUGUCUCUGCCUUCAUCCCCGCCCCCUUCCUCCAACGAGGGCUACUAUUCAUCCAAACCUUCCCCAAGGCUAGCCCACUCCUCGUCCUGCUCCUCCUCCCCAUCACACAGCCCCACCCACGCACUCUGGAGGGCACGGAGCCCCGCCCCUGAGACUGACGAAUCAGAGCAGAGCGCUCAGCCCCUUAACCUAUCGUCUGGUCACAGAGACCGUGGCCAGGCCACACCCACGCCAGAGAAGAGGGGCUUAGCCAAUAGCGUCCCACCAAAAACCAGGAAGCCUAAAGGCCUGGAGAUAUCCGCACCCUCCCUGCUCCUGACAGCCAAUGACAUCGGCUCUAUCGCCCUCAACAGUCCUGCGCUGCCCUCAGGGUCCCUAACACCAGCCUUCUUCACUGCACAGGUCAGCACCACCCACACAAACGCAUACACUCGCUCCACCCUUGCCCUCUGUAUGUACGUGCUGAUUUGUGUGUGUAAUGACAUUGGGGGAAAAGACAUGACUUAUCCCCGAGUCUCUCUGGAACUGUCUGUCCUUACCAUAAAACAGGCAGGGUAGGGAGAGGAGAGGGAGAGAGGGAGGGAGGGAGAGAGAGAGUUAUUGAGGAGAGACGGAGAGAGGAAAUUAGGGAACGAGUGAAAGAGGUAAGCGGAAAAGAGUGAGAGGGUGGGGAUCGAGACUAGUAAGGAAGAGGGAGGAAGAGAGGUAAGCUGAAGAGAGAGUGAAAAGAAGGGAGGGGAGAGAGAGAGAAGGGAGGGUGGGGAGGUCUGUAAGUGAAGCCAUAUGUUCCUAAAGCUCUUGAAUCGCCGGCGUGAGGUAAGGGCUGUCGUAAUACCACGGAGAGAGAGAGAGGGAAUCUAGAACUCCUCUUUAUUGGGCCACUACAAAACAACUCAUUAAAAUAGCAUACAUCAUUCCUUACCCACAUAAACACAACCCCCCCCAUAUAAACAGAUACAUUAAGUCAGGGAGAGAGAGCGAUAGGGAGGCAAGAUGGAGAUAAAUUGAUUUCAUAUGUAGCUUCUCAGCUGGAACCUAGUGUUCCAAGUUCUGUGACCUCAAGAGUUCCCCAAGUCAGCCUUGAAUUCACUCCCCCCCCGUCUCCCACUCUGUCCCCCCAAAGCAGGGUAUGAAGCCCUCUCUCCCCUCCUAGUUCCAGUGUUUUACUAAAACAAACAGAGCCAGUGCAGCAGGACUGAAUAACCACAGGGAGAAAUGAAACCUUUGUGCUGUGUGUGUUCAUACUCGGCUAGAUCAUUUUACAGAUCACCAACAAAAACACCAACAGAACAUAGAAAAAUGUACAUCUCUCACUCUCCAUAAAGUCUUUCUUCUCUCCCUCUAGACUCCCUCAGGUCUCAUCCUCACCCCCAGUCCCCUGCUGUCCAGUAUCCAUUUCUGGAGCAGCCUGAGUCCCGUAGGACCCCUGAGCCCCGCUCGCCUGCAGGGCCAUGGACCCCUGUUCCAGGUAAGACACACACACACUCUGAAAGAGAAUAGAGAGAGAGGAGAAAGGAAAGUAAGCGUGAGGGAGCCGGACACCACCUGGAGUGAAGACUGAUGGAAGGGAGUUAAGGAGGAGAGAGGGAGGGACAGAGGGGAAAGUUGUGGGAUGGUGACAGAAAGGGUUAGGGGGAGGACAGUUGAGUAUUUAUGCUUGUUCGUACUGAGCCGAGAGGGAAAGGGCUCCACUCUAACUGGUAAACAAAGGAGGGAUAGUUAGAAGUUUGAGCUACGACUAGGGUUGAAAUCCUGAUUGGAGGAUCCCGGAACCAGGGGGGAAUAAGUAGGAAAUCUGUAAUCCUCUGUCCAGGACUUCUGUAAAACCAGAAAAUGUAUUGAAAGUUCCCAGAAUUUUGCAACUCUAGCUAAGACAGAAGAUUCCCCCAAACAGCCUCAUUUUCUCAACAACAACCGAGUCACAUGACACCGCCGCUAUUUAGUUCUGUGUGUGUGUGAGCGGUUCACUGUGAUUGUACGUAAGUGUGUAUAUGUGUGUGAUUCACGGUGUGCAUGGGUUUCAAAAUAAGCUACAGAUGUUUCCUUUCUGGUGUGGACGAGGGGGGGCAGCUUCCUGCUCAGGGGGGGGGGGGAUUCAGGAGCCCCACCCACUCCCAUCAGCCCUCUCACAACAGGAAGUGCCUCUCCUCCCAUCGUCAGGAGGGAUGGGUGUUAAAAUACCUCGGCCACCAUUUUAGGGAAUUCUUAAACCCAGUCAUCAGCUUCUCCAGAGUUUGGGCUAGAGUUCUUUAUAAAGAAAGUUCUCAUCAUUAGUAGUACGCAUGUAUAACACUAGACUAGGGAUAGAGAUGAAUGCACUUUACCUCAGUAUAAUAUGGGGGGCAUUAUUAUUAUAAUUGUGUGGUAUUUCCUAAUCUGACAGUGGAUCUCACCUGUCUUCUCCUCUGUCCAUCUGUCUGUAGUUCCCCACCCUGCUGAAUGGGCCCAUCCCAGUCCCCCUGUCCAGCCUGGACACCUCCUCCCCGCUGCUGCUCUCCCACAGCCCACACAAGUCCUGAUCCUCCUGGAAGACAGUACCAUACCCUACUGGAUUCUACCACCAACUGGACCAAAACAGGCUUAAGCAGGCCCGACCAGACCAAAUAGGCCCAGUCCACGCGAGUUCAAAUCCUGGACCCCGACAUAGCAGGACUCGAGGCAAAAUCAGGAUAAAAUCAGGACACUGCUGCAAACCGACUGGAUCAGCCUUCAACUGUGUCAAUAUCAUUAUCAUCAUUGACUUGAAGAUGCAUUUUCUUUAGCUUAGUUGAAACAGAUUUAUUUUGGACUUGUUUAGUUUGUAUCUCAUCUCAUCCAGCUUGAAGUUGUCCCACAUUUAUCCACUUCAGAAUGCUGUUCCAUGCAUUGUACCUUGUCAGCCCUUUAUCAAUAGACUGGCGUAUGGUUAUAACGCUUUAUAAAUGUUUGUAUCAUUGUAUAGUGGUUUUGAUAUGUUCAUUUGAGGCUGUGAACCUGGUUGUAUUGUUCUGGCUGAAUGUUUUUCUAUGGUUUUGUAUUGUAUUACACUUUAUGCAUUAUUACCUUGUACCGGCUGUGCCUUCUCAAAUGUAAGAGUUAUGUAAAUGUUUUUUUGUUUUUUUUAUAGACGAAAUUCCAGUUCAAUAUUGAACAAAAGCUUAUGUGUAACAGCUUUUGGUUCUUUUUCAUAAAGGAAUUGAUACAAAUGUAUUCUCAUAAUGAUUUGCUAUUUUCUUUAUGUCCGAGAGUCAAGUAAAAAUGUCUUAAACAAGGUUUUAAAUAAACAUGAAGCAUUGAAUGCUAUACAACUGAUUUUAUGUCUGGUGUGAGUGUCACCAUCUACUUCCAUUUCACCCAGAAAACAACAAUAAAGACAAGUGUAUUUAUCAAACAGACUCAUUUUACUGUGAUGGUUAUGAGAAAUAAAUAGUUCCAGUAAAAGGAGUUACAGGGCCACCAACUGUCAGUGUUCCAGAGAUUGAGUUUACACCACAGCAGGCGUUCCAUAUGUCAGGCACACACACACACACACACAGGCACACACACACACCCCCUCAGGUAAGCUCAGGUCAUUCUUAAACUUGAAAAAGUACAGUAUUACAAUAUUAA